CGGGGGGGAAGUGGGAAGUUUCCCAACGUCUUGGAGCGCAGAGGCCGGGGUCAGGCCCGGGCACCGCCGCGCCAGACUGCGUUCACUAAUCCGGAAGUUGUAACGUUUCUCUGCUAAUCGGCGGCGACGCGAGUCCUGGAGACACGAGUGGACGUUUCUGUGGGUCGUGAAAUCGUCCUCGUUUCUUCGGCUGAACAAGUCGCUGCGUCACGCGAAGAGAACCGCGUCUGUUGUGUCCCUGCUCCGCGGGAUUCACCCCACGGAGAGUGUUCGUGGGCAGCUGCAACUCCACGUGACCGGUGACACGAACCGUGGGUUUUAACAUUGAAAACACCUUUAGACUGAAGACGCGGCGAGACCCUGAACACGGUCGACGGUUCGUCCAAAAGGGAACUGGAGUGAAAACGAAGGUUCGGACGUCAGCAGCUGAGACCACGACUGAACAUCCUGCGAAAAGAGGAACGGCGCUGGUUUCUCACUUCUUAUAAAUACGUGGAUGGAGCAGAGGAGGAGUUCAGGGGAAUAACUGGCUUCACGAUCAGCGUCGGGUCGAUGGACAUCCGUCCGUCUCGGAGCGUCGCAGGAGGAGAGAGUCGGUGCUGAGUUCUGGAUCCAGAGAAGGACAACGACGACGGCAGCGUCCACACCGACGCGACUGGAUGUGGAAAUCAAUGAGUUUUUUCGCAGGCAGCUUUUCCUGUUGCAAGCUGCUACAAGUUGGAAUUCCCCCCGAAGGAGUUUCACUGAUAGGAACUGGAACUGAGGUUGAACCGAUCGGCCGUUAGAGCAUGAAUCAUAAAUGCAGAGCUCUGAAGAAACGUUGCGUGGUUUCACUUUGACGCCAACGAGAACGCUGUGAACAUUCAAAACUCCAAACUCAAAAAGGAUCAACUGAAAAACCAAAAAAACAGGUGCAGGCAUUAAAGGUGGAAUGUUCUGGUCCUGGCGCGGGAAUGUCUGCGAGUUCUGGACUAACUCUUUUGCUGCUUUGAGCUCGUAGCAUCGGGAGGCGGAGCCAACGGACGACGACGACGCCUCCUCCCUAUGAAACAGAUUCUACUGGGAACUUCAGCACGAGGCCACAAGAUGGCGGCGAAGGACUAUAACCACCUCUUCAAACUGCUCAUCAUCGGAGACUCCAACGUAGGAAAGAGCAGCCUCCUGCUCCGCUUCGCAGACAACUCCUUCUCCGGCAGCUACAUCACCACCAUCGGUGUGGACUUUAAGAUCCGGACCGUGGACAUGGAGGGCGAGAGGGUGAAGCUGCAGAUCUGGGACACGGCCGGACAGGAGCGCUUCAGAACCAUCACGUCUACAUAUUACAGAAACACGCACGGCGUCAUCAUCGUCUACGACGUGACGAAUCCAGAGUCGUUCGUCAACGUGAAGCGGUGGUUGAACGAAAUCUCCCAGAACUGUGACAACGUCUGCAAGAUCCUGGUGGGAAACAAGAGCGACGACCCGGCCCGGAGGCAGGUGGACUCCCAGGAUGCAUUGCGUUUCGGGGAGUCGGUCGGUGUCCGGGUCUUCGAGACGAGCGCCAAAGAGAACAUCAACGUCGAAGAGAUGUUCAUGGCCUUCACCCGGAUGGUUCUCCGGGCCAAGAAGCAGAGUCAGAACCGAGCGGAGCGGGAACGAGAGCGGGAGAAGGACACGGUGAACAUCAACGCCCACAGAGACCGAGAGCGACGCAAGAGAGGGAAGAAGUGCUGCUGAGACGCAGACAGAGACAGACAGAGGAUUGUGGGAGAAGAGAAAACGACUGUGCCUGGAGACGAGUGUUGGGACUGUGGCUCGGUCCGCAGGUGAUUCGAUGUCGGCACCGAGGAGGUGACGCCAGUUAAAGGUCCAUUCAAGUGUUUUUCUUUAAAGUUCAAACCAGCUGGAAGCGUUUCAGAUUUUCUCUUCUGCAUCUGUCGUCCAAUAAUCUAGUGGAGAUGUCAACACCUUCGCUCGUCCCGAGAUGAAAGAGUCGGUCGACUUUUCCACAGGACAAAGAAAAAGUAGAAAAUCCUCACGAAGUAGAAGCUGGAAUUUAAAAAAAAAAGACUGAGUCUGGAGUUGUAGCUUCGACGAGCAGCAGGAAGGUUGUCACCUGACUGAAGUUAAAUCAAAAUCUCUACAAAGACAAGAAAAACAGCGGUUUGGUCCUUUAACUCUUCACCAGUGACCUUUUGGUUUUUAGCAGAAUCAGGAUUUUACCACUGAAAAGGGAAAAACCGUCUUGUUACUAACUCGUAACCUCGACACACUAACAAGUGUAAUCUCAGACUCGUGUGUAACUGAUACAUUCGUUUAUUGUUUUGUUUUUUCAUGUCAAUCUUUUGUUGCCUAGCAAAUGUGUCAAAAUCCAAAUAAAGCAUUAAAGUGUC